AGCAGCAUCAGCAUCAGCAUCAGCAUCAGCAUCCGUCCAUCAAACGACUCGGGCGAAAUGACGCCGCGCGCAGGGCACCGCCAACAUCCAUGCACAAACUUCACUGGGAUACUGCAAAGCAGCGUCGACGGAAGAAGAGCAGAGCGUAGAGAUCUGUCCUGAGGAAUCCUUGUCAUUGUGCCGUUACAAGGUGUCAGUCCUCACCCAUGUCCCACUCUGCAAGCCGAAAGCCAUCUGCUGGUUCCCGCAGAAGGCCUGCUGCCCCAAGCAGCACUCGACACUCGCAUGGGGACUCGUCUGUCCGUAGCAGUUACUCAGCAGUGUCCUGCAAGUGCACAGAGAGCAAUACUGCAGCACGCUCCAACCCAGCCACACCACGACGGCAGGUAAAGUAUGCAACCUGUAGUGAGAAUUAUGGGAUCCGUCCGCCUGCUCCUGAGCAGUAUCUCACCCCACUGCAGCAGAAGGAAGUGUGUAUUCGUCACUUACGAGCUCGGCUGAAAGAAAAGGUGGAGAGGCUUCAGGACAGAGACUCUGUGAUCGGGGAGUUACGGAUGCAGCUGACUCGGAUGCAGGAGGAUUGGAUUGAGGAGGAAUGUCAUCGCAUAGAGGCCCAGUUGGCCCUAAAAGAGGCCCGGAAGGAGAUCCGGCAGCUUCAGCAGACUGUGGAAACUGUUAGGUCCAAUCUGGGGGCCCAUGAGGCAGAUCAACAGAACUGUAAGUCUGAAGGUCUAGGUGUCGGAAGGAUAGGCCCACGAUUUGGAGCAUCCAGGUCUUGUGGCUGCUCUCCGGCCCACACCAUGAGUCGCAGCGCCACCUUCACCAGGCUGAGCAGUGACACGUCACCUGGUGCUACAGAUCGCAACGGAAACGUACGUUCUGAUCGCUACAUUCCCGCCAACAGAGGGGCGAUGACGUUACCAAGAGGGGACGGACGUACUCAUCUACUUCUGGAAGCAGCUCUACUGUCUGAGCAAGUCCCUCACACAACGCUAUGCUCCUCUUUGUCACGAUCCUCCACCUGCGAGAGAUUGUGCAGCGGAGAGACGGUGUUGCCCGUUAGCCGAUCCUGCCAUGCUGUUAACAACAACUGCAGCUGUGCUCCACAUGCCUACCUCCCACACCACCAUUUGUUUUUGCACCUCCCACAGGAGGAAGCACCACCUCCUCCUCCACCACCACCGCCAACAGCGCCUCCUAGUACAUCGGAGGUCAGUGACAGGCCAGGGUACCGGUCACAGGCCUGCAGCCCCACCAUAACCUGGAUCUCCGAAGAGGGCGCAGGUGAGGAAUUGAGCAUCAUCACUUCAGCAACUUGCGCGCCAGACGUUACUCUUGCUGAACCGCAGGUGUUUUCGCCAUCCUCUGCAACUACUUCCCCUGCUCAGCUGUCUUACAUCACAGAAACUUUGCCGCUAGACAGCACAGUUGAAUUUACAUCAUCAACAAUGCCGACAGUGUUGACGAAGCCACAGGUUCAACAACCUUGUCCCAGAGCGUCGCCACCGCCACAGGAAGCAGCGGCAGUAACGGUCAAUGAUGAAGAUGGAGAAUCAGCUCCCCCUCAGAGGAGCCACUGGAGCCGUUAUUUCCUGAUUGACCUCUUAGCGGUGACCGUUCCUGUAGUUCCCACACUGGCGUGGCUUUGCCGGGGGUCACGGAAUGAAGGCAUGCCAGUGUACAACAUGGGCUCCCUGUUGCGUGGCUGCUGUGCCGUUGCUCUGCACUCUCUAAGACGUGGCCGCAGUCCCUCAGGAACAGGAAGAGCUAAACCUAUCUGAUAACUUUAGCAUUACCGCACCAUCAAAAACUUUUAACUGGAUCUUGAGUGGACUCUUUGUCCUUGAUCUCCCAGUUUGUGAUUUUUAUUGAUUUAUUUUUGAACCAAGGAGGUCUAAAUCCAUCACACCAAUGCUUGUUUGGGACAAAGAUUGAGGGAAUGUGGCUCUAAUUUGCAGACACAAGUUUUAAGGCUGUUUCUCAUUUCCACCAUUUGUUUUUCUUUUCCUUCUGGUUCUCUUAUCUGCUUUAUUUCCUCUCAUUCCUGGCUGAAACUCAGCAGACAGUACACAGUCAAAAGUAGCUGCAAACACGAGUCCUUGCUGAGCAGAGAAGUCACAAAUGUACAGAAGUUUAGGCCUUAAGAUUAAAAAAAUAAAAUAAUUAAAUGCCUUGAAAUAUCAUUCUUACGUAAACUGUUCUACUGAACUGAAUUCAUUCUGUUCUCGUUUCUCGAGUGAAGCCUGUUCUCAAAAAAACUUUGCAUGUAAAUUUUGCAGGUAGGUUACAUAGACAUUGGUGUGAAUUGAUCAUGAGAAGAGGAGAUUUCAGGUCCAUAGCGCACACAAAUUAGUGGGGCUAGACUUUGAAAUUUUAAACCUUUACAUACCUGUUACUAAGCAACCAUUGUGCCAAUCCAUCUAAUUUCAUAAGAAACAGAAUUUCUCACAAUGUAGACAAAAUUGUUUAAAAGGGAAAAUACUAUUAAAUGGUAACUGUGCAAGAAGCAAUAGGCAUCCAGCAACUUUGCUGUUUGGAUCUCCAAAAAACAUGCAUAACUCAUUAGAUAUUAAAACGUUGAUCCUAUAACAU